AUGGCCAUCUCUAGCGCUCAGCAAAAGGCCAUCUUAUCCUGGGCAAAUGAAUUGUUGGCGCACAAUGUUCCAACACUCUACGCAUUGAAAAAAUGCCAGGACAAAAUUUGCAACCUGGUAUGCAACCCCACCAAAAAGAAGACUACCAAUUCUGGCAAUAUUUUCUAUCCAAAUUUGGUGGGUAAAGCAAUUGCAAAGGACUAUUCUAACCCGAUAACCAGGCACAUAAUGCAAGACUAUCCUGAAGAAGGCGACGGUACCAUGUCUCAGGUCCAUCAUGGGAAUAAGAUGCUACUUGACCUCCCUCCCUCCCUCGCUGUACCUUCUAUCCUCGUCAAUGGCAAGAUAUACAUCAUCAACGAACUCCUGCAACAAAUCAAUAGCACCUACUUUAUCCCCAAGAAACUUUUUCAGUCUCGAGCUGAGGAGGGUAAUGUUGAGAUUCUAGCCAUUGGCCACUCUGUGAUGCCAUCUGAGGCUGGUUUUAUUGUUGAUCCAGGGAGGGUUAUAGGACCUACAUCUACAUUUACGCGGACAUUCAUCAAAAUACAGACUGACCCGUUGGAAUUUUCAGGCCUUACAGAUUGCGGCUUAGAUUCAUCUGCACACUUUGCCACUCAAAUGCCUAACCCUCUGUUGGUGCUCACAGUCCCACUGAUAGUCUUCAUGGAUGACGUGUUGGGAAAUGUUUCAAAGCAAUGGAAUAAGCAUCACGUAGUGUACCUCUCUAAUGCCUCCAUGCCUCAGGAGAUGUUAGAAAAAGAGUUUUGUGUCCGGUUUGUUUCAUCCUCACCACACGCUGCACCAAUGGAGUUGAUGAAAUGGGUCACCAAAUCUAUCUGUGAAGCAGCAGAUUUUGGUGUUAUUACUUGGGACUGCCGGUCUCAAAAGAUUGUUCAACAACUGCUUGCACUGGGCAAGCAGUUGCAGAAGCGUGAAGCUGGAAAGCCUGCUUUACCUGAAUCUGAAGUGCGCCAGCAAUUGGAACAGAAACCUGAAACAUUACUGCACGAUUCUACGCUUGACAACCAUAUUAGCCCAUUGUCAGGCAUGCCAGCUGUGGAUAUACAUCAAGACACUCCCACGGAGAUUUUGCACACUGUAUUAUUGGGGGUAGUAAAACAGGGCUUGAAUCCAUCAGCAAGGACGGCCUUAAUUCAGUACAACUUGGGGCAGAAUACAUAUGUCGUUUCAAGAGCAGUCUCAUUGGCAAACAUUUCAAAAGUUUGGCCCAGGCUCAACUCUCGUGAACCAUCGAAGACUUCUCAAAUAUCACAGCAAAAUGCGCGCCAAUUUACAGCAACUGCAAAGCUCCUAGCCGGGAUAGCUGCCAAUCCUUUGCAUCACAAGAUGCCAUCAAACACAUUGCUACAGGGGGGUACUGGUGUGACUCUGCAACUGGAAACUGGCUCAGUGCAGAAUGGCGACGAAGCAAAACUUGGGAGCCAUGUAGUCAUCUCCUCACCGUCUAAUGGAGCCAACCCCUGUGUUGGCAAAGUAGAAGAGAUUCUUGUAACUGAGAAGAAGCCCAGAGUGGCCGCUUAUAUAGCCGUUACUUAUCUAGAGUUCCAGCCCUUUUUAUACAGCAAACUUCAAAUACCUAUCCUGCGGAUUACAGAAGCACAGAACAUUCUAACUGCUGAAUUCCCUCUCAACUUUGCACCAAAACUCCUCGGGUAA